UUUCCGCUUCCGCCUUCUCCCUCCCGCUUGUUGGAUCGCGGUCGCCGCCACAGCUGCCGCUGCGGGGCGCGGUGCUGGUGGGUCGGUUGGCUUGUCUCUCGACGUCGGUGUCCGUGCCGUUGAACUGCCCGCUAUGGCUGAACUAGAUCCUUUCGGCGCUCCUGCCGGUGCUCCCGGCGGCCCCGCGCUGGGGAACGGGGUGGCCGGUGCCGGCGAAGAAGACCCGGCCGCGGCCUUCUUGGCGCAGCAGGAGAGCGAGAUUGCGGGCAUCGAGAACGACGAGGCCUUCGCCAUCCUGGACGGCGGUGCCCCCGGGCCCCAGCCACACGGCGAGCCGCCAGGGGGUCCGGAUGCUGUGGAUGGAGUGAUGAAUGGCGAGUACUACCAGGAGAGUAAUGGUCCAACAGACAGUUAUGCAGCUAUUUCACAAGUGGAUCGAUUGCAGUCAGAGCCUGAAAGUAUCCGUAAAUGGAGAGAAGAGCAGACGGAACGCUUGGAAGCCCUUGAUGCCAAUUCUCGGAAGCAAGAAGCAGAGUGGAAAGAAAAAGCAAUAAAGGAGCUGGAAGAGUGGUACGCGAGGCAGGACGAGCAGCUACAGAAAACAAAAGUGAACAACAGAAAGCAGGGAAAACACCUCGGAACACACACUGCGGAGCGCUGACCCCGAGGGAAGCUGGGUAUAUGCGGGAGCCCUGGGCAGAGCCAGGGCAGAGCCACCCGGAGCCACACGCUCACCUGUUCUCAAGAUGCUCUGGGCCUUCGCGUUGCCAAGUUUUGCAGCUUGGAUGAGGUGGACCGCGCCCACGACCUCGUCUUUCGGCACGGACAUCCCUUCCACCAAGAGCAGGUCCUCUGUAUGAGCAGAGGGGAGAAGCAGCAGUCAUCAGCGAGCCGUGGCAGCCCCGCAAGGGGGUCGGGCUGAGAAGUCCACCUGCGGGCAGCAAGCCCCCAAGCGGGAAGACAGCGUGUUCUUUUCACACUGGCAAAGCUUUCUAUCACUCCCAAGUGUCCGCAUACACUGCUCCAGAGGCCGCUGCGGCCCUCCUCCUGCCUUGGUUACACAUCAUCCAGAACUUCCCCAACUGGAAAAUCCUCACCUCCGACCACAGCCCCCUAGCCAGCCCUCUAGCUUCCGACUUCUCACUUCCACAAGCAACAGAGACUUGCCUGUUUCUCUUCUUCCUUUAUCCAUCCCAGGCGCACGUCACAUCACUUGUAGGGCCCCCCAUUCUACGGCAGUGCCUAAAGCACUGACACGGACGGGGGUUCAUUCGCCAGCUCGGCCACGACCAGCUGCACAACCCCACCCAGGUCACAUCACCUCUAUACUCUUCUCUUCUCUAGAAAGCGGGGGUAACACACGUAACCUAACAGGAUUAUUUGAGGAACUAAAUGAGAUCAUGGACGUAAAGAACUUAGAUGCUGGCCAGAGUCAGUGCUCACUGAACAGUAAGUAGGUCUGUUAUCUGUAGUCCUUGUCUUUUCUGCCCCUCAGCAACCCAGGUCCGUCUUCCUCCUCAUCUGCUAUCACACUUGGGCUCUGAUGAGAGCAAAUCCCAACCAUGCAGGCCUGCUACCUAGCCCCCCCCCCAGGGGUCUCCUCACGGCUGCUCUGCCAGCUCUCUCCCAUUCCCCCUCAUGGCUCUUCUCAGCUUCCACCACCUCAAACCUUUUACCCUGCCCCCGCUACCACGAGAUCGCUGGACUGCUGACCUCUCUGACGAAGGACCCCACGAGGCAGGGUUUCCCUUACUUCCUGCCCCCGCCUAAAAACACGUCUGUAUUUGCCUACCUUCACUCCUCUCCCACUCUCAGGCCCUCUACCCAGGCCUUGCAGCUCAUCUCCUCCCCGCUCCUCAGGAGCCUUAUGGUGGGGACUCAACUGCCCUUCUCUCCUGCAUUCUCCACCUUCACUUCCGUCCCCACGGUCUGCUUUCCGCCAGCAGGUGCUCACAAUCUCCCUGUCCUCAAAGCACUUCUUCCCUCUUAGUGUAGUCAGGCCUCUGCUCCGCUAUUUGAAUGCACUCUUUCACAAGACAUGCAUUUGCCCCCAGGAGGAUAGAAACUGGUUCUUCAGGCAAAAAACAAACAAAAAAGCCCCACCUACUCUUUUUAUACAAAUGGUACAUAAACACAAGCAGAUAAACAGUACAUCUGGUACUUAA